AUGCUUUCUUCAAAGUUUUUACUUUUCUCUCUAGCUCUACUAAUCAUUACACUUUCUUCAAUACUAAAAUUUGCUUCUGCAUCUUUAGAGGAAGCAAAUUCUCUUCUUAAAUGGAAAGAAAGCCUUCAGAUCCCAAACAACUCCUUGGUUUCUUCAUGGCUUCCUAAGAAUUCCAGUACAUCGGUUUCAUGCACUUCUUGGUUGGGAGUAAUUUGCAAUGCUGAUGGGAGCAUUCACACGUUGAACCUACUAACAUCAUCAGGAAUAAACGGUACACUUCACCAAUUUCCAUUCUCUAUGCUACACAAUCUUACACAUUUUGAGCUCGGUGUAAACAACUUCUUUGGCCCAAUCCCACCAGAAAUACGGCUCCUGUCCAAACUCGUUUAUCUUGACUUUUCAGAAAAUAGAUUUUCUGGAGUAAUCCCACCUGAAAUAGGGAUGUUAGCCACUCUUGAAACCCUCUACCUCAAUGGAAAUAACUUGAGUGGUUCAAUACCACAAGAGAUCGGUCAAUUAACGUUUCUUUAUGAGCUUGCAUUGUAUAAUAAUUCUCUUGAAGGAGAAUUAUCUCCAUCAUUGGGAAAUUUGAAGAAUUUGGCUUAUCUUUAUCUCGAUAACAAUAAACUUUCGGGUCAAAUUCCUCAAGAGUUUGGACAGCUUGUCAAUCUUGUUGAAGUCUAUAUCACUCAAAAUUCACUUCAUGGUCCCAUUCCACCUAGCAUAGGAAAUCUGAGAAAACUAACCAUCUUGUACCUUUUUAAAAACCAUCUAAAUGGUUCAAUCCCACAAGAAAUAGGAAGCAUGGUUUCACUUGAGCGCCUAAGCCUCUUCUCAAACAAUCUGUCUGGCUCAAUCCCCUCAUCAUUGGGUGAAUUGGCAUCUUUGAAACUCCUCCAUUUGUACCAAAAUCAACUCUCUGGUUCUAUUCCUGUUGAAAUUGGGAAUUUGAAAUCUCUCACUAAACUUGCGGUGAGUGGAAAUAAUCUUAGUGGCCCUAUCCCUUCAUCACUAGAAAACCUGAGCAGCCUACAAUAUCUUUCCAUCCGUGACAACAAAUUAUCUGGGAAUAUACCACAAGGAUUGGGAAGUCUAGAUUUGGUUGAGCUAGAAAUGGACACAAAUCAAUUGUCUGGUCAUUUGCCCAAAGAUUUGUGCCACAGGGGAAACCUUAUAUAUUUAUCACUACGUGGUAAUCAGCUCACUGGUCCUAUUCCAAGAGGCUUAAGGAAUUGUCGUAGCCUAAUUAGAGCUUUCUUUGAUGACAAUCAAUUCACUGGAGAUAUAUCGAAAAGCUUUGGGGUCUAUCCAAGCUUAGUUUACCUUGAUCUCAGUCACAAUAAGUUUCAUGGGCAGCUUUCUGAAAACUGGAGUAAAUGCAAGAAUUUGACAGCCUUAAGGAUAGGAUAUAACAACAUUAGUGGUAGCAUUCCACCCGAGUUUGGAAACUCAACUCAACUAGGCAAGCUUGAUCUUACUUCAAAUCAUAUUGUUGGGGAGAUCCCUAAGGAGAUUGGGAAGAUGAAAAGUAUGCUGUAUUUGUCCUUGGCUGAUAACCAACUUUCAGGUAUUAUACCUAAUGAGCUCGGAUCACUGCAUGAUCUUAUUGCUCUUGAUCUGUCCACAAAUAGACUGAAUGGUAUGAUACCAAGAAAUAUUGGUGACUGGACACACAUGUAUUACUUGAAUCUUAGUAAUAACAAACUCAGUGAAAAAAUCCCGUCUGAGAUAGGUAAAGUAAGUCAACUGACAACACUUGAUUUAUCUCAUAAUUUGCUCAAGGAAGAGAUACCAUCUGAAGUUCAAAGUUUGCAAAAUUUGGUGAAAUUGGAUCUUUCUCACAAUAGACUAUCGGGGUCUAUUCCUGAUGCUUUUGAAAAGUUCCUUAGUGGGAUUGAUAUCAAUUUUUCUUACAAUGAGCUUACAGGUCCAGUUCCCCCUUAUGCAAUCUUUGCCAAUGCAUCAUUACAUGUAUUUCAAGGCAAUCCAGGUUUGUGUGGAAAUGUUACUGGAUUAAAGCUUUGUUCAAGUCAAAAUAUAAUGAAGAAAAAAGAUCCCUUUCAUCAUAAGCUCGUCCUUGUAAUUGUGCUUCCUAUUUUCGGGGCAUUUUUACUUGGUUUACUCAUGUGUGGCCUCAUAGCUUAUCGACGACAAAAGAAAAUUUUGCCACAUGAACAACCAUCAGAUGAGGAAGGUGAUGAUUUCUUCUCAAUAUCAAGUUUUGAUGGAAGAGUAGUGUAUGAUGAAGUCUUGAAGGCAACAAAUGGCUUUGACGAUGCAUAUUGUAUUGGGAUAGGAGGAUAUGGUAUUGUAUACAAAGCUGAACUACAACCUAACAACGUAGUAGCUGUCAAGAAACUUCACUCAUCAACAGGUAAGGUUGAUCGUAAGGGUUUCCUUAAUGAGGUACGAGCAUUAACGAACAUAAGGCAUCGGAACAUAGUGAAACUCUAUGGAUAUUGCUCCCAUGCUCGCCACUCAUUUUUGAUUUAUGAAUACCUUGAAAAGGGUAGUGUCGGAUCAAUCUUAAGUAGCGAUAUCUUGGCAAAAGAAUUGGAUUGGUUGAAACGGAUCAAAAUUGUAAAGGGUGUAGCUAAUGCCUUGGCUUAUAUGCAUCAUGACUGUUCACCUCCUAUCAUUCAUAGAGACAUUUCCAUAGCCAACAUCCUUCUUGAUUCUGAUUAUGAGGCACAUAUUUCUGAUUUUGGCACAUCCAAGCUUUUAAAGCUAGACUCAUCCAACUGGACCACAAUUGCAGGCACCUACGGUUAUAUCUCGCCAGAGCUUGCUUAUACAAUGGUGGCCACUGAGAAAUGCGAUGUGUAUAGCUUUGGAGUUGUUGCACUGGAAGUGAUGAUGGGAAAGCAUCCUGGAGAACUCAUAACAUCUUUACCGACAUUGGCUGUUGAUUAUCUAUUGCUAGCAACUGUGGGAGAUCGUCGUAUACCGCCUCCAUCAUCAGUAGUUGAGAAACAAGUAAAGUUAGUUCUGAGUCUCUCAAGAGCAUGUUUGAACUCCAACCCACAUGCAAGGCCAACAAUGCGGCAAGUUUCAAAUCUGCUAAUGGAGGAUUAG